AGCGCCGGCGAUGGAGCGCAGCGGGCAGGAGCCGCCGUCCGCUACCCACCAGAUAGAGACAAAUGACCAAACAGCCCUGGUUGUUAAACCCAGAGAUAAAAGAGGAAACAGUGAUUUAGCGUCAGCUGGAUUUAACAUUAUCAACUCUAUCAUAGGAUCAGGUAUUAUAGGGUUGCCAUAUUCCAUGAAGCAAGCUGGCUUUCCUUUAGGAAUACUGCUUUUAUUUGGGGUUGCCUAUAUCACAGAUUAUUCCAUUAUAUUACUGAUCAAAGGAGGGAACCUCUCCAGUACAAGCACCUAUCAAGAACUGGUCAGAAAAACAUAUGGUCUUAUGGGUUAUUUAAUCCUUUCAUCUCUUCAGUUUUUAUAUCCAUUUAUUGCUAUGAUCAGUUACAACAUAAUAACAGGAGAUACUUUAACUAAGGUUUUUCAACGUGUUCCUGGAGUUGGACCAGACAAUAUACUCGGUGACCGUCAUUUCAUAAUUCUUUUUACCACCAUCAUCUUUACCUUACCAAUAUCUCUGUAUCGUGACAUAGCCAAACUGGGGAAGGUAUCUCUUAUUUCUCUGAUUUUAACCAUUGUCAUCCUGGUUAUUGUGAUGGUGAGGACAGUGACAUUCAGUCCACAAGUACCUAAAUCAGAAAAUGCUUGGAUAUUUGCAAAAUCAAAUGCAGUACAAGCCAUUGGGGUGAUGUCAUUUGCAUUCAUUUGCCACCAUAACAGCUUCUUAAUCUAUGGCUCUCUGGAAGAACCUACUUUAAAGAACUGGUCUCGAAUCACACACACGUCAGUCUCGCUUGCUGUUAUUAUCAGUGUAGUGUUUGCUGCUUGUGGAUAUAUGACUUUUGCAGAAUACACAGAAGGAGAUAUAUUUGAAAACUACUGUAGAGAUGACAACCUUGCUACAUUUGGAAGAUUUUGUUAUGGAGUUACUGUAAUUCUGACCUUUCCCCUUGAAUGUUUUGUGACCAGAGAGGUGAUUGCCAAUGUAUUUUUCCAUGGGAACCUCUCAACAAUAUUCCACAUUUUUGUGACCAUAAUUAUCGUUGCGGUGGCAAUGGCUGUCUCAUUAGUAUAUGACUGUCUUGGAAUAGUUUUAGAGCUGAAUGGAGUUCUCAGUGCCACUCCACUCAUCUUUAUCAUCCCAACAGCGUGUUACCUAAGGCUGUCCAAGGAGCGAUGGAACCACUCGGAUAAUAUCAUAUCCUGCCUGCUUCUUGCUGUUGGUGUGCUGGUGAUGACUGUUGGGCUUGUUCUCACUGUCUGGCAUCCCCAGGGAUGUAGCCAUGGAAAAGAAAUGCCCUACUGCUUCCCUAGUAAUGUUUCUUUUCAUAAUAGUACACUUCCACCUUAGGAAGUGCACAGAUCACCAAACUGGGUCAUCAGGUAUGUCUCCCAGCAAGCUGUUUGUUGAUUUAAAUAAGAUUGGAAGAAAGACUACAACAAAUAAUGUUUUUGUGUGUGCUGAGAAUUCUGACCUGUGUUACUGAACAAACACUUGACUUUAUGCUGCAGUCGUUCUAGAAAUAAGAUGCAGUUUUUAACUUUUGAAACUGAAUUACUCUAAAAUGCACUUCAGUAGGUAUUACUUGAAUAACUUGUACGCCUUCCAAAAAGGCUGCAUUUUUUUUAUAGUUUUAAUGAGUUGGCAACCUUACUUGAAUGGUAUGUUUAGGAAUGUAAACUUGUCCCAUGACGAACACCAUUUAGUUAUUAACUUUAUAGUUUUUUAAUGUGUAUAUACUAGCAUACUAUUGUAUAUUUUAAGGAGUCCUGAAACAGAGACCCAGCCACUGUCUGUUAUUAAAAUUGUGCUUUGAAAUGGAAAGAUACUAAUUCUGUCUUUGAUUUAGCAGUAACUGUCCUUAAGUGCUGAAAGUAUCCCUUGUGCUGGAUCUUCUCUCGAGGGUAAUUUUAUAUCCUUUCUGAAGUGUAACUGAUACAGUUCAACUGUAUGAAUUACAGUUUGAGGUCUGGGAACUGAAAGUUUUUUAAUAAAACCACACA